AUGCAUACACCCGGAGGGUUCCUGCGCAGCGAAAAGGUGUCGCCUGCCUUCUGGACGCCACAGGAGACCCCCGUGGCAGCUCUGAAAGCCACAGAAAGAGCCUCAGAAAGGACAGCUCCCGACGCGGCAGCAGCAGACUCAUUCGCCGAUCCAUCUGCAGCGGUGAGAUCUGCGAGAGAUCCAACAGCCCCCCCAGAAGCCGCUGAGGAUUCAGCGGCUUCCUCACACGCGUCCGUAGCGGGGACUAGUGCAGGCACAGCCAAGGAAGAAGCAGCCGAACAAGCGGCGAGAUCAGCAGGAGGAGGAGGCUUGUGCGGGGAGGCCCUCCGGCCUCUCGGGUGCAGAGAGCCGUGGUCAAGUGCUCUUCAGGAAGGCACAGAGGGGGGUUUAGAAGUCAUUUCAGACGCAUGCGUCCCAGUAUGCAGGCAGUCGAAGAGAGCAACAGGACUGGCCGCUGCUGAAUCAGCAGAAGCUCUGGAAGUGCUGGAAGCGGAAGCCUUCCGAGUGCGUCUUGCCGCUUUUCCCGUGCAUUCUCGAGGAUUCCUCAGCCCUCCCCCGACAAAGACCCCAAGAAGAAGCUGCAGCAGACAGCGCCUUGCGUCAGAAACAGUCUGCCGAGCUGUACAUACACCUGCGCAGGGUGUCGAUGCCGCCGCGCAUGCGCCGUCGUGCGCGCUGCACCCUGCAGCAGCGGCACUUAGGAGAGCAAAAACAGAAAACACUGCAGCUGCAAUUGCAAUUGCAACUGCAACUGCAGCAAAAACUGCAACAACAACAGCAACAACUGCAGCAGCAACUGCAGCUGCAGCAUCGACUGCAACAGCAACUAGUGCAAGAAGGCAGAGCGAUGGUGCCUCUAGUGGAGCAGAGGGUGCAACAGCAUCUGCUGCUGGUAUUGCACGGUCAGCAGCAGGCUCGUUAGAAGCUUCAUUGACAGCAGCUAAAGAAGGCGCUAUUGCUGUGCCUCAUUCUCUUUCGGCUGGCACUUGUAGCGUAAAUCUGCCAUCGCAGAAAAGCACGAUCACCGAACGCCACAUGAUACUCGAGCUUAGCAUCGGAGCCGUCGCAACGGCAGCUACCACGCCAGUUGCUGCUGCUGCUGCUGCUGCUGUAGAAACACCCCUAGGAAGCUCACAGCAGCAGCAGCAGCAGCCACAGCAGCAGCAGCAGCAAAGCUCGUCUGCCACUGCCGUGGCAUCCGACCGCGAUGCGUCUGCAGCAGCUGCAGCAGCAGCAGCUUCGCCUGUCGUGGCUCUGUCCGUUGCGGAGGCUGCAGGUGCCGCUGCGUUGCAUACAGCUCGACGAACUCCUGCACUUCCCGCAGUGGGUGCAGGAUCAGAGCAUUGA